CGUGUACGGCAGAGAAAAAGACAUCCGACAACUCUAAUUAAACAGCUGAUAAGUAAGUGGAAAAAUUUUGGACGGCCUGCUGUUAUUUCACCAGAAAUCUAUGCAAAUUUGGCCAAAAAAGCUAAAAAAAUCGUUCAAAUAACAAUGAACAUUAAACGCUAAACCAUCAACGCCUCUCUCUAACGCAUAAUCUACAAUUUUGAACGUGUAAAUUAAGUAAAUUUUAGCUUUUCACAUGGAUAUUUCGGAUUUUAUAUUGGGUGGUUUAGGCUCAGUGGGAGCAACAUUUUUCACCAAUCCCAUCGAAGUCGUCAAAACACGCAUACAAUUACAAGGUGAAUUGGCCGCCCGGGGUACUUACGUGGAGCCGUAUCGUGGUAUAGUAAAUGCUUUUGUAACAGUGGCUAAAAAUGAUGGCUUGACGGGUUUGCAGAAGGGUUUAACACCAGCUUUAUAUUUUCAAUUUAUUAUAAAUUCAUUUCGUUUGAGCAUUUAUAAUAUGGCUUUAAACAAUGGUUGGAUGCACACCAAAUCUGGAGAUGUUUCAUUUGUCAAGGGUAUUUUUUGGGGAGCAGCUGGUGGUGCCAUUGGUUCCUAUUUCUCUAGUCCAUUUUUUAUGAUUAAAACACAACUUCAAUCUCAGGCCGCUAAACAAAUCGCUGUCGGCUAUCAGCAUCAACACACCGGCAUGAUGGAUGCCCUUAAACAAAUCUACAGCAAACGUGGUAUAUUUGGCCUAUGGCGUGGAUCGAUGGCUGCCAUACCACGUGCUGCUAUCGGUUCGGGUGCACAAAUUGCCACUUUUGGCAAAACGAAAUUUUUGCUCAAAGAAUAUGAUCUGGUCACACAGCCAGCACUAAAUUCCUUCUGUUCCGGUCUCAUAGCUGGUUCUAUAAUGUCGGUGGCCAUUACACCGCCCGAUGUCAUUUCCACUAGACUCUAUAAUCAGGGUUGGGAUGAACGUGGCCGCUAUAAUGGUUGGUUGGAUUGUUUUUUGAAAAUAUGCCGCACAGAGGGUAUUUAUGGUUUGUACAAGGGUUUCUGGGCCAAUUACUUGAGAAUAGCUCCACAUUCGACCUUAGUUUUAUUGUUCUUUGAUGAAUUGUUGAUUGUGCGUGACAAGUAUAGAGAAAGCAAGGCUAUGUUAGAGUUAAAGUAGUGCGAACAAAUCUAACUAAUGAUAU